AUGAGCAACGAUGCAGCCAUUGAACUGAAAUCAAUGCGUCUUUUAACCGAACAUUUUGGAUAUCCACCAAUUGAGGUCAUUGAUGAUAUAAUAAACGCGAUCAACGACAUCAUGUAUCGGUGUACUGAACAGCUUGAACAGAUAUUACUCACACAAAAAGAACAGUUGGAUGAAGAAAAACGUGUUAGAACAAGAGAAAUACGGAAAAAAAGAGAAGAGGAAGACAUCAUUAUUGAUGAGGGACGGCUAGAUGAUGGUUCGGCGACUGAAGCAUUCACGAUCAAGGAUAUACAAAUGGGUACUGCCACUUUGGAAUCAUACUUUGAGCACCAUAUCAAUAGGAACUUUGAUAAAUUUGAACUAUACGCAUUCCGGAAUGUGUUUAAUCUUCCAUAUGACUUGGUGAAGGGGGGGUAUAUUCGAAUGAAGCACCAUGAAAGUAUUAAGUUGGACGACGUUGAAGACAUAAAUGAAACAGACAAUCAAUUGACUCAAGAAAUUUUUGAAAAGAUUCAGGACAUUCGUUUUGAGAUGAAGCUUAACAAAGUUCUAAAUGAAUCUCUUGAAAAGUGUACUAAGCUAUCCAAAGUUGCAAAAGUGAUCAAGCUAAAGCUUGAACCUUUCCUCUCUGAAAGAAAUAAACAAGUCAUGGCUAAACUAUCGCCAUUAAACGAUACAUUGCUGUAUUUGAUCAAGCAAGCACGGACUGUAAUGGCGAAGAUAGAUGAGAUAAAAGAUUCGAUAACUGACGAACGUAUAAUGUGCAAGUUGCGUGAAAAAAGUGAAGAAGAUGAGCAACUAAAUCAUCGAAUAGAUAUGAUGAUUGAUAAUAUGAAUAGAUACAGUAGAACAGUGGACUCAAAGGCACAGCAUUCAACAGGAAAAGUGGAGCAACAACUAGCUAAUUUUUUCACCUGA